AUGGCCAAGGGCUGGAUAUUCUCUGCUUUGCUGGUGCUGUUUCUUGUGAUGGCUCCUGCUUGUGAGGCGUUCUACUUGCCAGGUAGUUACAUGCACACGUACCGGCAAGGCGAGGAGAUAGGAGCAAAGGUGAACUCGCUCACAUCCAUCGAGACAGAACUGCCUUUCAGCUACUACAGCCUCCCAUACUGCCGUCCUAAGGGUGGGAUAAAGAAGAGUGCUGAAAAUCUGGGGGAGCUCCUUAUGGGUGACCAGAUUGAUAAUUCCCCUUACCGUUUCCAUGUCAAUGUCAAUGAAUCGCUCUACCUGUGUACCACGAGCCCACUUGAUGAGGAUGAUGUGAAGCUCCUCAAGCAGCGAAGCCAGGACCUCUACCAGGUGAACAUGAUUCUUGACAAUCUUCCUGUGAGGAGGUUUACCGAGCAGAAUGGAAUGACCAUUCAGUGGACAGGCUAUCCAGUUGGUUAUACCCCAGAAGGUACCUCCGAUGUCUACAUCAUUAAUCACCUGAAAUUUAAAGUCUUGGUCCAUAAGUAUGAAGGAGGUAAAGUGAGGGUCGUUGGAACUGGGGAAGGAAUGGAAGUGAUCUCAGAAUCUGACACUGACACUGAUGCCAAGUCUGGGUAUGAGAUAGUGGGAUUUGAGGUUGUCCCAUGCAGUGUGAAGCGUGAUCCUGAAGCCAUGUCGAAGCUUACGAUGUAUGAAAAGGUUGAUUCUGUGAGCUGCCCUGUGGAGUUGGAGAAAUCUCAAAUGAUCAGGGAGAAGGAGCAGAUUACUUUUACAUACGAGGUUGAAUUUGUAAACAGUGACAUCAGAUGGCCAUCACGGUGGGAUGCAUACCUGAAGAUGGAGGGUGCGAAAAUUCACUGGUUCUCAAUUAUGAACUCGUUGAUGGUAAUACUGUUCUUGGCUGGCAUUGUUUUUGUCAUAUUAUUGCGGACAGUGAGGAGGGACUUGACUAGAUAUGAGGAGCUGGAUAAGGAGUCCCAAGCUCAGAUGAAUGAGGAGCUCUCUGGGUGGAAGCUGGUUGUUGGAGAUGUUUUCAGAGAGCCAACCUCAUCAAAGCUGUUCUGUGUUAUGAUUGGUGACGGAGUACAAAUUCUGGGUAUGGCGAUUGUCACCAUUUUCUUUGCCACCUUUGGAUUCAUGUCUCCUGCGUCUAGAGGAAUGCUGUUAACAGGGAUGAUAUUCCUUUAUAUGCUACUUGGAAUUUUGGCCGGAUAUGCUGCUGUCAGGCUCUGGAGGACUGUAAAAGGAACUUCUGAGGGAUGGAGGUCUGUCUCCUGGUCAACUGCCUGUUUCUUCCCUGGCAUUGUCUUCAUUGUCCUCACUGUAUUGAACUUCAUGCUGUGGUCAAGAAAUAGUACUGGAGCCCUUCCCAUUUCACUUUUCUUCACUCUUCUCUCCUUGUGGUUCUGUAUCUCGGUGCCACUUACCCUUCUAGGUGGUUUCCUUGGAACAAGGGCUGAGCCAAUUGAAUUCCCCGUUCGAACCAAUCAAAUACCAAGAGAAAUCCCUUCAAAAAAUUACUCAUGGCUCCUCGUAUCUGUUGUUCUUACGUACAUGCACCUCUGUGCUGAGGACUGGAGGUGGUGGUGGAAAGCUUUCUUUGCCUCUGGAGCAGUGGCAUUUUAUGUGUUCCUCUACUCUAUCAACUACUUGGUGUUUGAUCUGAGAAGCUUGAGUGGGCCAGUUUCUGCUACGCUCUAUAUUGGAUACGCUUUCAUUGUCUCUCUUGCCAUCAUGCUAGCUACUGGGACUGUUGGGUUCCUGACAUCAUUCUCUUUUGUUCACUACCUUUUCUCGAAUGUCAAGAUUGAUUGA